AGGGGACUGCGGCUCUUGGUGAAGCAGGGCUGCCCCCACUCUGAAGCAGCUCCUCCAGCAGCAAUGGGCAGGUAUACAGCGCCACUUCAAGCGAACUCCGGGCUGGGGUUCACAAAGCAGCCGCUCUGAGGCAUGAUCGUCUCCAAGGGGCGGAAACCAGGCAGCAGCAUCUUCUCAGCUGUCUGUCUAAGGGAGUGUGGAGAGGUGUUUGGGAUGAUUUCUAUCUUCACAAUGGGAAACGGUUCAAUAAGAGCAUUGAAACCCGAAGAAACUACCACAUCCCCCACUCUGGAGAUUGUGAAGAAGCUCAGAAAGAAGAUUCACAGCCUCGAGGAGGAACUGAGGAGAAAGGAUGAUCAACUGAAGCAAAAAUCAGAGAAAAUAAAGUUCCUGGAGAAAGAGCUGAAAGGAAAACUUUCCCAAAUCGACAAACUGCAGGAUGCGAUUGGAUAUAACACAACUCCCCUGGCUCCCACUGUCAGCCAGCAUCAGAAACUAGUCAGUGUCAUAAAUGAGGGGCCAAAACGGUUCGCACAAGUGGCAACAGAGAUUCACCGACGGCUCAAGGCCAAAGAGGGGGUGUCUGCAGAGCCAACCUCUCGGAAUUAUUACUGUCACAACGUUCAGAAAUUCUCCAUUGAACAGGUUCGGGUACGGAAGGACUCCAGCCUAAAGAAACUGAUCACGGAUGCAAUAAUGCGCAAUGACUUCCUGAAGAAGCUGGAGUCCCAGCACGUGCGGGAGAUUGUAGAAUGUAUGUACGAGAGGAGCUACCAGCAAACAGACCUUGUCAUCCAGGAGGGGGAGCCAGGAAACCACCUGUAUGUUCUGGCAGAUGGGAUUUUGGAAGUUAUGCAAAAUGGCAAACUAUUGGGACAGAUGCAACCUGGGACAGCCUUUGGGGAGCUCGCAAUCCUGUACAACUGCAAGAGGACAGCUACAGUUAAAGCUGUGACAGAGUCUUGGAUUUGGGUCCUGGAUCGCCAGGUUUUCCAGAGCAUCAUGAUGGAGACAGCGCAGGCGAGAAACAAGAAAUAUUUCAACUUUCUCAGCAGUGUUUCCCUACUGAAGGAUCUGCCUGAAGAGAAAUUGUCCAAAAUUGUAGAUUGUCUGGAAGUUGAUUAUUACGAUAAAGGAGAUUAUAUCAUUCGUGAAGGAGAACAAGGCAACACCUUCUUCAUCAUUGCGAAAGGAAAGGUCCGUGUGACACAGACAAGGGAAAGAGGUGAAGACCCACAAGAAAUCAAGACAUUAGGAGCUGGAGAGUACUUUGGAGAGAAAGCAUUAAUUAGGGAGGAACUUCGUUCUGCAAAUAUCAUCGCAGAUGAAGAUGAUACCCAGUGCUUGGUCAUAGAUCGCGACAUCUUUAACCAGACGGUUGGUACCUAUGAGGAGCUGCAGAGCUACCUGAAGGAAUAUGUGGAACAGUUGUCCCGCAGCGAUAAGGACAGAAAUGCAAUGCCACUCACGUUUGCCUCCGAGUGCAAGGAGACCUUACAGCUCCGGGAAAAGGUUGCCAAGUUUUCCGGUUCAUCCCCUUUCAAAAACUUUGACAUUGUUGCCACUCUGGGCAUGGGAGGCUUUGGGCGUGUGGAGCUGGUGAAACUGAAGAAUGAAGACACCACUUUUGCCUUGAAAUGCAUUAAAAAGAAACACAUUGUCGACACUCGACAACAAGAGCACGUGUACUCAGAAAAGAACAUCCUGCUUCAGACUAAGUCCCCAUUCGUUGUGAGGUUGUACCGAACUUUCCGAGACUCCAAGUACGUGUACAUGCUCCUGGAGGUGUGUCUGGGGGGCGAGCUGUGGAGCAUCCUCCGUGACAUGUGCUACUUUGAUGAGUCGACGGCUCGGUUUUGUGUGGGCUGUGUGCUCGAAGCCUUUGAUUAUUUGCACAAUCGAGGAAUCAUUUACCGGGAUCUCAAGCCAGAGAACUUGUUGUUGGAUAAAGAUGGAUAUGUGAAAAUGGCUGAUUUUGGUUUUGCGAAGCGGAUUGGUUUUGGCAAGAAAACGUGGACAUUUUGUGGAACCCCGGAGUAUGUUGCCCCUGAGAUCAUCAUGAACAGAGGCCAUGACUUUGGGGCAGACUACUGGUCUCUGGGGAUCCUAGUCUUUGAGCUGCUGACUGGAAACCCUCCUUUUACAGGACCUGAUCCAAUUCAAAUUUACAACAUGAUUUUGAGAGGAAUGGAGAAAGUGGACUUUCCGAAGCGAAUUUCCAAGCGACCUGAGGAUCUGAUCAGGAAACUCUGCAAAGCUAAUCCAACGGAGAGAUUAGGAAACAAGAAGAAUGGAAUAAACGAUAUUCGCAAACACAAGUGGUUUCAAGGCUUUGACUGGGAAGGACUCAGGAGUCGGAAGAUGAAGUCUGCUCUUCAAAGAGAGUUGAAAGGACCAGUGGAUCACAGCAACUUUGACAGCUUCACUCCAGAGACGGAAGAGCCCAUGGAUGAGUUCUCUGGUUGGGAUGAAGACUUUUGAGGAGGGCUCCCCGCACCCUGGGAUGAAUGAGCUGAAGAAGGAAAACUCCAGGAACCAGAGACAGAAUCAAACAAUGAUCUCUGAUAAGCUUUCCCUUAAAGAAACAACUCCUUUCCAGUCUGGUCAUUUUCUUUUUGAGACUGAAUGUGCCAGCAGUUUGCAAGUGUCUCUAUCUCAUUUGGGGUGCGGUGAGUGGGUGUAAGUGAAGGCAGUGGGUUUAAGAUGCAAGGGGAGCUGCUGACUGGCCGCAGUUCCACAUUACACUUGGAACACCUUCACAUGGUUUGUGAGUUGACUUCACCAAUGGAACAAAGCUGAGUUUUGUCAUUAGCUUCCUGUUUGAGGGACAAUGAGCAGGAAAUGAACAGGACACCUGGGCUAUAAGCAUGUGACAGGUUCUGGUGGGCUUUACUGCCAUUGCGUAAUUAUCCUUGGGCAGGAACUGACUAAAACCCCAUCAAAAAUACCAAUAGCCUAUCACUGUUGUAAGGGCCUUUCUUGCCUAUAGUCAGGUAGUUAUUGCAAAGCUUCAACGGUAAAGUUACAAUGUAACACUUUUAAGUAAGAAAGAGAAAUCAAUGAGGCACACUUGAAUGGUAAUAGAACAGGUGGAGAUUAUUCAGCCCGUCAGUCUCUUCUGCUGUUCAGUUUGAUUAUAGCUGACUUUUUUCUUAAUUUAAUCAAGCAGCCUUGAUUCUGUAAUCUAUAAUAUUUUUCCCCAAAAAGUACAAACAACCUCAUUCCUGACAUUUUCACUUGAAUCAACAGCUUUAGAAAGAGUGAUUCCCCAAUAAAUUUACUUCCUCAAAAUUGGUUCAGUCUUGUACAAUAUGCAUAUUUUGCAUACAUUUUGUUAAAGGUGCAAAUUAUUAGACACAUUGAAAUUUGUGUAAAUCAAACCUCAGUCCUUGGCAGUAACAUUUUGCGUGCAAUCAGGGAGAAUUGCUGACAUCAACUCAAGACUUCUGUGUUGUUUUAUUUAAUCAACCAUUGGCUGUGUGAUAUAAAUUAUUAUAAUAUUUAAAAUGUU